AUAAAAAAAAUGUUUUAGAAAUCCCUAGUUCUUUUAAAUCUGCUGUUUCUUUGUUUUAAUACAGAUCUUGCCUUUAUUGAGGGUAUAAUUCCUGUAAAUGUAUGAUUUUGUAAAUCACAUCUAAAAUGAAAGUAUUGUGAGUGAUUCGUCUUCUGGUGACGUUCAAGGCUAAGACUAAAAAAAAAAACAUUUUUUUCCGGUAAAUUUUCCUCUGGGCGGCGUGUUUUUUAUUUCCACCAAUCAUAUUGCGUUUUGAUUACCGCUCAGCCAAUAGGAGAAUAGGAAGUUCUGAAUGUGCCAGUGGGCGUGAACCAACAGCAGGAAGCGUCAACGGACAGUAACAAACUUAUAAAGACAGAAUGGCUGAUAAAUCUAUGGAUAGUGGCUCAUGGACGGGUUGUGCGGUUAUGUUCCUGCAGUCUCUGUGUCCGGACCUGAACCUGCUCACUCGCUACAAAGACCAACAGGGAAAGUUCAUUGUUUUCAAAGUCAUCAAGCUGACACUGACAGAUUCGGCAGGAGGUGUCGGUGGUUACGAGAUACUAAAGGUCCACGACGCCGACCCGUUCCUUGGGGUAGAAGUGAAGUUUGUGGACAUGACAGCUUGUCGGCAGUUCCUGGAGAGCUACAGCUCUGGAGCAGUGCGCCAGUUUUUCUCCCAACACGCCUGCCGGCUUUUAGCUCAGCCCCAAGAGCUUACAGUGGAAACCCACCUCAAGGCUGGCCUGCACACCCUGGAUCAGUGUCUGGAUGAGAUUGAAGUCUGCCUAAAGCAUGUCCACCUUUCACAGCCGGAGCGCCUUAGGGAUGAGGAGAUCGAUUGUCUGGAGCAGCAGCUGCAGAGUCAGGUCCUUGGGCCCUCGGCCCCACAACCAGCCACCAACAUCCAGGAAGAGUCUUCUCUUCCCAGCAACUGCUUCAAGUUUCAGAACAGAGUGUUUGAGGACCGAAUCCUGACCCCAGCGGAUGUUCAGAAAUUUUCCAACGUGGUGGGCCGCGAGUGGAGGAAGGUGGGGAGGACCCUGGGUAAGAGCUGCCGGGCACUGAAGAGCCCUGCCAUAGAUAACCUGGCCUACGAAUACGAGCGAGACGGGCUGUAUGAGCAAGCCUAUCAGAUGCUGAGGCGCUUCAUCGAGGCGGAGGGGAAAGCAGCCAAGCUGAGCCGACUGGUCAGAGCACUGGAAGACUGCAAGCUCACCAGAAUGGCUGAAAAUAUGGUGGACAUUCAGCCACGCGAGUAAUUGUUGGAGCUGUCAAAACUGAUGGGGGACAGGUCCUCUCCACAAGCAGGGGGUGGAGGCCCGCCUGCUUUGAUAUACAGUAUGUCUGUCCCCUCCUUCAAAAUCAAUCCUGUGUGAAUCAGUGUGCGUGUGCAUGUUUCAGACCAUUGCACUCCUCGACACUUCUUUUCAUGUAUUAAGCUGAUUAUACUAUUUUAUAAGAUGAUCUAUCAAUUGUUUAGAAAUAGGUGAGUGCUGAGUUUAAUCCUGUUUUUACCACUUUCCUCAUUUUUAUUUUUGCCAAACACGUUAAUUUACAGAUGGAGCCUGUUCAUCGUCUUGUUAUAGACCACACAACUGAAGGUUAUUAAUUUUCCCUACAAAGCGGGCGCCUACAAAUUAAAUGCUUGUCUUCAUGUUUGUGUUUGAUGCAUUAGUGUAAUUAAAACUGAAACAUAAUUUUGUCAAAAUUC